AUGUGGACAGAUCCAAGCAUUUCUCUCAUUAAUUGCACUUUUAACGAACUUGUCCAUCUUCGAUCAUUAACAUUAACUCACUUCGAUAAAGAUAUCACCAAGCAAAUCAAACGAGUUUUACCAUCAUUGACAAAUCUAACCUAUUUUUCUUACAUUGGCGAUGGUGAUACGUUCUUCGGUCUCGAAAUUGAUAAUGUAUUCCCACUAUCGCAACGAUACACAGAUUCGAUAUCGCUUACAUCAAUAACCAGUUCUGAAUUGAAUGCUCUAUAA